CAGCAAAUUUCCCUCUUAAAUCUUGAAACUUUCCUCACAUAAAAUAAUCCCACCAAACUUGCAUAUAUUGCUUCAAAACCUAAACCUUUUUGCAGUCUUUUCUUUGAUGAGCCAAAAAACAAAAGAGAAUUCAGUUCUUAAUUCUGUCUUCUAUGAACAAGAAAAGCAUCUUACUCAUGUCCUCCUUUUGUGAAAGAUAAAAAAGUGGUGGUGGUGGGUGGUGGUUGGUGGUGGUGGAAAUGACUACUAAGGUUGUGUACAAAGUGAGAGAAGAAAAAAAAGAGUUUCAGAAGCAGUUUGGAUGCAUGAAUGGACUUUUUCAGCUCUUUGAUAGGCGUUACCUUCUUGGUCUACAUCGUAAUGGCCGGAAUCAGAAAAUGCUAACCCCAGGUGAAGGUGAAAAUGGCAAAAAGGAGAUCAAGAAUUCAUCAGAGAAAGACAAGGAGAUAAAUACAAAGAGGGCUGUGAUUGAAAAGAACCGAGUGUCCAUUGAGUCAUCAAGAAACUCGUUUUCAUCAUCUUGUUCCUCAACCACUUUCUCCUCUUUAGAUUGUAGUAAAAGGGUACAUAUGGAAAUGCAACUUCCCUCUUUACCCACAUCCCCAAAAUUACGAAAAAACCAACAAGAUUGUUCUUUACCAGAUAUUAGAGAUGUGGUGAAGAACUCGAUGACUAGGACAAUCCGUGUGGCAUCAGUCAAAGAUGUAGAAAAAGAAAUGAAGCACAUUGAUUCCCCAAGGCCUUUUGUAAAACAAAAAUCGGUUGAAUUUGAAUAUGAAAGAAAAGAUAGAAAUCUUGCAAGAGAAGCAUCAAGAUUGUCUUGUGAUGAAAGGGAAUCCAAGUAUUCUUUGAAGUCAAGUUUGAAAGUCAAAGAGGUUCCAAGAUUAUCGUUAGAUAGUAAGCAAAUUAAAAAUUCCAAGAAUACCCUUGAUCAAACCCAAGAGCCAGGAAGUAAUAAAAGACCUUCAUCGGGUGUUGUGGCUAGGUUGAUGGGUUUAGAGGGUUUUCAAGAUUCCAAUCUUGAAAUUGAAACCUUGAAGAAGACUAAAAUACCCUUUUUAGAUCAUGAAUUGGUUUCAAGAUUCAAGAAAAUGGAAGUGAAAAACAGGUCUUUUUCGGUUUAUGGUGAGAUGGAGAAAAGAUUGAGUGGAAUUGAGUUUAAAACAUCAGGGAAGGAUCUCAGAGCACUUAAGCAGAUACUUGAAGGAAUAAAGAACAAGGAACAACCUUUGGAGAACAAGAAAAAAGUCAAACCGGUCAAUGGGACAAGACGUGAACUAGUCAAACCGGUUAAGUUGACUUUGACUAAAGUCAACCAUGGUGAAAAUGGGAACGAUUCGUUUGGAAGGAAAAAAGUCAAAGAUUUGACUCCAAGAAAAAAGAAGGUGGCUGGUGGGACACCAAGAUUAGUGGCAUGCUCAAACUCACCGGAAAAGUUGACCGGAGAAAGAAAAAAGUCAAAGAAAGUCUCGUCUGAUUUGACCAGAAUCAAAAAACAAUCAAAUUCCAAAAACCCUAAAACCAAAAUGAAGAACAAAGAGGAAUCAUGUAAUGAAACAAGAAAUGAUAAGCCAAAGGAAGAUCACAAGGUUAGCAAGGAUAAUUUUGUUGAAAGAUUGAUAGAAGAGAAAGAGACACCAAUUGUUGAUCUUCCAAAACUUACAAUUGAACAACCGAGUCCUGUUUCAGUUCUUGAUGUUUUCUACACAGAAGACACACCUUCUCCCAUAAACAAAAAAGACACUGAUUUCAAUGAUUAUGAGGCUUUAGACUUUGAGGAGAAUCAAGAAACAGAAUGGAAUCAAGUGGAGGAUUAUUCUGAUUUCAAAUUGAAUUUUUUCAACUCCACAAAUGAAGAGCAUGAAUACAUAAGUGAGAUAUUAUUAACUUCGGGUUUUUUAAAAGAUAUAGAAUCUGCCAUCAGAAUAGUUCAGAUUCAUCCAAUGGGUAGUUUGAUAAAACCUGAUUUGUUCCACUUUUUGGAGAAAAAAGAACGAUACACUGAGCUUACAGAUGAUGAAUGUCAUAAAAAGAAUGAAAAAUUAAAAAGAAAACUGAUAUUUGAUUCUGUGAAUGACAUUCUUCUUAAGAAAUUAGUAAUUUUAGGUUCUUUUGAUAUGUGGAGUGGAAAAAAGAGAGGGGGGUUGUUUCUGAAUGGAGAAAUGUUAUUGAAAGAAUUGUGUUCAGAAAUAGAUAAUCUCCAAACUACCCCUGAGAGAUGUGUGUAUGAUGAAGAUGAUGAAGUGAAAAAUCUUGUGAGUGUAGAUGUGAAUAAAUCAGCAGAUUGGGGUAAGUGUUGUUAUGAGGUUCCAGGGGUAGUUUUGGACAUAGAGCGGUUGAUUUUUAAAGACUUGAUUGAUGAGGUUGUGAAUGCUGACAUGGCGCCACAUAGACAAUGUAGGCGAUUGUUUCCUAUGUAGAACUAGAAGUUGAUUCAUGUGCUAAUGUUUAUCUACUGAUUAUAAAAUUGUAACUAUUGAGUGCAU